AUGAAGGCAUCCACGUUAUGGUCUCUCCUCCCGUCUUUGCUCGCUGGCUCGGCCAUUGCAGCAAAGGUCCCCCUCUCAUCGCUCACCCCGGUUGGUAACAUUAUCCCGAACAAAUUUAUUAUCGAGGUCGACACCGAAGCCAACAUCCCCCACAAGCGGUCGUUUGCCCGAGAUUUGGACGCUGUAUACGCUUCCAUCCAGGCUCGUGAUGUGAGCUUCGAAGUCGUGCAAGAAUUCGAGAAACCGGGAUUAUUCGUCGGAGCGAGCAUUACGGUCCAAACUUCGGAUGAUGCAGCCACGCUUGAGCAUUUACCUGGCAUUAAGACCAUUCACCCUGCAAGACGAUUUGACCGACCCCAGCCGGUGUUCGAGCAUAUCGUGCAAGGACCCGAUGAUCCUCAUCUCCCACCUUUUGGAACUUCGACGCACCUUUUGACCGGUGUCGACAAGCUUCACGCCAGAGGUAUCCUCGGACAAGGAAUCAAAAUCGCUGUGCUCGAUACCGGAAUUGAUUAUACGCAUCCAUUCCUCGGAGGAGGGAUUGGACCGGGGAAGAAGAUUAUUGGAGGUUUUGAUUUCGUAGGAGAUGAUUAUGACGGUACCAAUCUGCCACACCCCGAUGAAGACCCCUUGGACCAAUGCCAAGGUCACGGCACCCACGUCGCAGGCAUCAUCGGAACCGAUGGCGGAAACGAAUACAAUUUUACGGGCGUUGCGCCUGAAGCUGAACAAUUCGCCUACCGAAUCUUCGGAUGUGAAGGGUUUACUCAAGAUGAUGUGAUCAUUGCGGCGCUGUUCAGGGGUGUGGACGACGGAGCUGAUAUCCUGAGUUUGUCCCUUGGUGGUGCGCAUGGAUGGACUGUUUCUGCCGGUGCAGUUGUUGCUAGUCGGAUUGCGGAGACUGGCAAGAUUAUCACUAUUGCUGCUGGAAAUGACGGCUCCAGAGGCUCGUGGUAUGCCGCCAGUCCUUCCUCCGCCAUCAACGCCAUUUCGGUUGGGAGUCUCGAGAACGUUGUCAUUCCCUUGCAAACAGCGAAACUCCACAAUGUCGAGCAAUCCUCCGUCAUCUACUUCCAACUCAAGCCCCUGCCGAUUGAAGGCGAAUGGCCUGUCUACGUCAUCUCGAACGACACCACCAAGAUUGACGAUGCUUGCGAACCUCUCCCGGACGAUACCCCCGACCUCUCAAAAUUUGUGACCAUUGUUCGACGCGGGACGUGUACUUUUGUCACGAAGCUCAAGCAUAUUGCCGAGAAGGGAGGAAACUACUCUUUGAUUUAUGACAAUGGCACCGGCUUCACAUCGGUUGCAGUUGGAAACUAUACUACCGCGUUGAUUCGGGCUGAGGAUGGAGAAUAUAUUGUCGAGAAAUAUUUUGCAGGCGAAGACGUCAAGGUCUCAUUCCCUCAGAACGGUGGAACUGUAUCGUUCCCGAACCCCCGCGGAGGCCUUAUGUCCACAUUCUCGACUUACGGUCCCACCAACGACUUCUACUUCAAACCUGCCAUUAGUGCUCCAGGAGGAAACAUCCUCUCUGCAUAUCCCACGACGCUUGGCAGCUUUGCUGUCCUCUCUGGCACUUCGAUGGCUACACCUUUUGCAGCAGGUGCCGCUGCCCUCCUCCUGCAGGUUCAGGGCAAAAAUGCGGAAGUGGCUAGAGCUGCUCGGGAUAUUUUCCAGACCACGGCAAUGACGAUCCGCUCGAAGAACGAGGAGGAUGCGCUGAUUGAGACUGUUACCCAAACGGGAUCAGGAUUGAUCAACGUUUACAACGCCAUCUAUUCGCAGACGACGGUCACGCCUGGAGAACUUAUUGUGAACGAUACUGCUCAUUUCAAAGAGACAAUCUCGAUUGCCAAUAACGGCGACGCACCCAAGACUUACAAGCUCUCUCACACGGCUGCUGGGACUGCGCUUACCAUCAAAGAGGAUUCCGUUUCUGCCGAGCUAGGCCCCGUGCCCCUCUCUGAUGCUUCUGCAGAGGUGUCGAUUUCUCCGUCUGAGAUCACAGUGGCGCCUGGUGAAACCAAGGAAGUCACUGUCCAUAUCCAGGAGCCUUCCGAUGUCGAUAGGUCGAGGUACCCGGUGUAUUCUGGAUUCAUCACUGUUAGUGCUCCUGGGGAGAACUAUCGGGUGACUUACAUUGGCCUUGCGGCUAGUCUGAGGGACAAGCAGAUCCUUGAUACCUCUGACGAGUGGAUUAAUGCGACCCUACCCGCCAUCGUCAACGCAACAUCCGAAGAAGUGCAAACUGGACCGGCCAACUACACUUUUGUGGAGGGCGAUUUCCCCGUGUUGCUCUUCAGGCUGGCGUUUGGUACCCCCCGACUUCGAGUGGAUUUGGUUUCGUCGGAUUCUAAGAUCCACACUAAUGUUCACAGUCCCCGAGGUAUUCCCAGUGAGGAGGGACAUGUCUUCACGUUCCCUCAGCGUACGAGGCCCGGUAGCUUCACGUUUACGCAAACUCUUGGACCUCUCGUCGAAUGGAACUAUCUCUCGCGACAUGCCGAGGUCGAAGGCGAGGAAUACAGUCCCUAUGCGCUAAGUCAACCCUUAUUCGCGAACGGAACAACCAUCCCCAACGGAUCCUACAGGCUCCUUGUGCGAGCUCUGAGGGUCACCGGAAACCCAGAACACCAACACGAUUACGAAACAUGGCUCAGCCCUGUGAUAGGCGUCAACGUUCCCGCUCCCAAGGAAGACUAGAGUAGGGUCAAGAGACGUGAACUUCUUCAUUUGUAUAAUCGACGAACAUACCUCAGGACCCAAUGGAAUCAUUAACUUGCGGCU